CUCGAGCGGCUAUAUACACACAGACUGACUGUCAGAUCACUGAUCAGUUCCACAACAGAGAGCGCGAAGCCAAACCCCUGAUCAUUUGCCCUGCAUUUGCGGAGAAUGUCAGAGAGCAACAUCGACGGCAUAGAGGUAUCGGGCAGCAAUGACGAGCGGAGGGACGCCGACAACUCGGAGGACGAGCCCAAGCACCGCAGGAUGCGCUCGCUGCGGAAGAAGGCGCUGCACGCGUCUACGAGGCUCACGCACUCGCUCAAGAAGCGGGGGAAGCGCAAGGUCGACUGCAGGGUGCCGAGGAUCGCGAUAGAGGAUGUCAGGGAUGCCGAGGAGGAGCAGGCCGUCAGCGCGUUCCGAGAGGUUCUGUUCGCCAGGGGCCUGCUGCCAGAGAGGCAUGACGAUUACCAUAUGAUGCUGAGGUUUUUGAAGGCUAGGAAGUUUGACUUCGAGAAAGCAGCGCAAAUGUGGGAGGAGAUGCUGCAGUGGAGGAAUGAGUUUGGCACAGAUACAAUUUUGGAAGAUUUUGAAUUCCAUGAGCUAGAGGAGGUGCUGCAAUACUAUCCCCAGGGUUAUCAUGGGGUUGACAAGGACGGAAGGCCUGUCUAUAUCGAGUUGCUGGGGAAAGUUGAACCCACCAAGAUUGUGCAAGCCACAACGAUGGAACGAUAUAUCAAGUACCAUGUGCAAGAGUUCGAGAGAGCGUUCCGUGAGAAGUUUCCUGCCUGCUCAAUUUCUGCUAAAAAGCACAUUGAUACAACAACCACGAUAUUGGAUGUGCAGGGUGUGGGCUGGAAGAACUUUGGUAAGAUUGCAAGGGAUUUAGUGCGCUGCGUGCAGAAAAUAGAUGGUGAUUAUUAUCCUGAGACACUACAUCAAAUGUUCAUUGUAAAUGCCGGAGCUGGUUUCAAACUGAUCUGGAGCACUGUGAAGGGACUUAUUGACCCCAAAACAUCAUCUAAAAUUCAUGUUCUAGGAACAAAAUACCAAAGCAGGCUCCUUGAAGCUAUUGACGCAAGCCAAUUACCAGAUCUUUUUGGUGGUUUGUGCACAUGCUCUAACCAGGGAGGAUGCCUGAGGUCCAACAAAGGCCCUUGGAGUGAUCCUUUAAUCAUGAAGAUUGUACAUAGCAUGGAAUCAUCUUCGCUGAGGGAAAUUGCGCAAAUAUCUGAUAUAGAGGAAACAAUUACAGGCUCUUUAAGAUUGCGUGCACUCAAGUUACCAGAAAGAAUCAGUGAUACAUCAAAUGCUGAAUCAAGUUCAGAUGUUGACGAUCUUGGAUCCCCGAUAGCCCCUGAAGAUGUUAAGUAUCAUGGUUUGGCUCCAGUCCGUGAGGAAGCCAGGGAAUCAGGAUCAACAACAUAUGGCCGUUCUGAGGAUCAGAUUCUUUUAGUGGAUAAAGCUGUUGAGUCCAAUAAAAGAUAUAACAUUGCUGGAAAUGUAUUGAGCCAGUACAACUCACGACAAAAUACAUCGAGGAACAGAGUUUCACCUGAGCCAGGUCGCGCCCUGAAUGACCAUGAAGGAGAUGCAGCCGAGGGGAUUUUGAAAUUAUUCUCAAGAAAAGUUCUUGCUGUAAUUGUCAAAGUGCUCUCUAUAUUGCGUUUGUUCACUCGUCACCGGCAACAGUUGGAAAAUGUUCAUCUGCAUACUGCAACCGUACCCAGUAAUCCAGCGAAUCUUCAGAUAGUUAAGGAAGACAGAGUAAAUCCUUGCCUGGAGCGUCUGGAAAGACUUGAGUCGAUGUGUAAUCAACUCAGCAGAAAGCCUCCCGAGAUCCCACAGGAUAAGGAUCGUGCUAUACAGGAUUCUUUUGAUAGAAUAAAAUCCAUUGAGUAUGAUCUUGAAAAGACAAAGAAGGUAUUGCAUGCAACAGUGAUCAAACAAAUGCAGAUGGCUGAGACAUUGGAGUCUGUGAAGGAGUCUGAUCAUAGGAGAAGGAAAUUUUGUACAUAAUAAACUUACAAGAACGUACAUGAACAAGAGAAACAGAGAUGGCGGCUUCAAUGUCUCUGCUUUCUGACAGAAAGUUAACCAGCAGUGCGUUGUAUAUGGUUGCUAUCUCGCUUUUCUUUUUGGCCAAUCAAAAAGAUGAGCGAUGCUUAGUGUUAAUAAGAAGGAUAGAUAGUUGGUGACCUGAGAAAAACUGAGCGGAUAGUCAAAGAAGAGCGUCCUGGAAGAUACUGAGUAAAUUGAAUUUCCCGGCAUAUAUAUAGACCAAAAGUAAUUUAAAGAGGAACCCAAACGCACAGCUGAACGUAUGUCUAUGUUCUGUGUUUCCUCUGCCCCUUUGAGCCUCCUGAUCUGCUACUUGCCUGUAUGUAUCGCCCCAAUGCUCCUUUGCAUUGUCAUUGUCAUUGUCAGAACAGUUGAGGCUUUGCUCUCAUAAUUAACAACAUUCUUUGGUUGAUAGCUUCAA